GCCAUGGUGCAGCUCGGUAGCCGCCUCCUGAAGGGCUACCGCGGUGGGCACGUCGUGAUCCGCUUCGCCCUCGGAGGCUGCACCAACCGGCCCUUCUUCCGCAUCGUGGCAGCGCACAGCAGGCGCGCCCGCGACGGGAAGUACCUGGAGCAGCUCGGCUGCCUCGACCCGCUGCCCAACGCCCACGGCGAGAGGGUGGCGGGGCUCAACCUGGAGCGGCUGCGCCACUGGCUGGGCUGUGGCGCGCAGCUGUCCCGGCCCGCUGAGAAGCUCCUGGGUCUGGCGGGGUUCCUGCCGCUCCACCCCAUGACGGUGACCAGCGCCGAGAGGCGGCGGCGGCGGGCGCAGGAGGCCGUUUCGCCCCCUGCGGACGGCUCGCCCGAGCCCAGCGACACCCCCUGA